AUGUUUACCGUCAGAUACAUGUGGUUACUGGUCCUUUGUUUCUAUGGAUACAGUCUCUGUCAGGCUGACCCAGCACAGAUCUUUUUGUCACACAUAGAUAACGCAACAAAUAAUCUAUGGACUCAGCUUGAGACCGACAGUGAUCAUGUGUUUCUCAGGAGUGACCUUGAAAGCUUCAUCCAUUCAUACGACACUGACAAUGAUACUCAUGUGACACGAAAUGAAUUCUACGCUCAUUUUCUGAAAGACGACCCCGACUUAGGUUCUAUUGCAUAUGGCAUGUUUUUGGAGUUUGACACCAACCAGGAUGGUUUGAUUGAUACGAAGGACCUUGAUUCUGUAUACGCACGGAUCGACAUUAACGGUGACAAUCGAGUGGAAGAGGCAGAAUUCAAACAAUAUUUCAAAUCACUGCUGACUAUCCUGUACCUGAUGCAUAUACAAGGUAUCCCCGACCCUGGACCAAUUGUCAUAUAG